CAAUUUUGUUUUUGACAUUUAACAUUUCUGACAUUUUGCAAUGUAAUCAUGGCGUCAGAACGGUAUAGUUUCUCUCUCACCACUUUCAGCCCGUCAGGAAAAUUAGUGCAAAUAGAAUAUGCUUUAGCAGCUGUAGCAGCCGGCGGUACUUCCGUCGGUAUAAAAGCAUCCAAUGGAAUUGUCAUUGCCACUGAGAACAAACACAAGAGCAUACUGUAUGAUGAACACAGUGUGAACAAAGUUGAAAUGAUCACGGGACAUAUUGGCAUGGUGUACUCAGGAAUGGGGCCAGACUACCGCCUGCUCGUCACCCAGGCUCGCAAGAUGGCGCAGCAGUAUUACUUGAUGUAUCACGAACCGAUACCCACAGCUCAACUUGUGCAGCGAGUGGCUACUGUCAUGCAGGAAUAUACACAGUCUGGUGGUGUACGCCCCUUCGGGGUGUCGCUCCUGAUCUGCGGGUGGGACAACGACCGCCCCUACCUGUUUCAAUGUGAUCCAUCUGGAGCAUACUUUGCAUGGAAGGCAACAGCAAUGGGCAAGAAUUUCAACAACGGCAAAACAUUCCUUGAAAAGAGGUAUACCGAGGACUUGGAGCUGGAUGAUGCGGUCCACACCGCCAUCCUGACACUCAAAGAAGGCUUCGAAGGUCAGAUGACUGAAGAUAACAUUGAAGUCGGGAUAUGUGAUGCGAGCGGCUUCAGACGCCUGGAACCAGCUCACGUUAAAGACUACUUAGCAAAUAUACCUUAAGAUUUGUAAUAAUUGGAAUAAAUGGUUUUUUUUAUAUAUAUAUAUUUUA